AUGUGGAGAUACAUUCUUCGAAAACACGGAAUUCAGAGCUAUGACCUAGUUCAGGCUUCAAAAUUAGGAGAAGAAGGAAAGGAAGUGACGGAUGCCAAAAACAUUGAGGACGUUAACAAGUUUACCACUGAAGCUAACGAAGAAGAAAAAGAAGGUGAAACACAAGCGGAACAGCAGAAAGAGAAGAACGGAAGUGAUCAAAGAAAUGUAGAAGGCGAUGGCGGCGUACUCGCUCCUGAAGGAUAUCAACAGGAAGAUCUCGAAUUAAAACUGCCCGACACUAAAGACUUGGAGAAGGAAGACUGGUACCAUGGUUACUUGCCAGUCGAGGACAUAAUUGGACUGUUGAUACGAGAUGGCGACUUUCUUUUGCGAGGACUUGAGCCGGAAGGAGAGCAUACUGCAUCGGUAAAAAUUGAAUCUCAAAAAGAUUUAUUUGCCUUCACUAGUUGCAGGAAGAAGUAA